UCCCGUUAAAUCCAAGCUCCCAGGGAAGCCGGUCCUUGCACAGACUCACCCUUGUGGUUUAUGAGCUCCAGGUGCUGGAGGUGCUGCAGCAGAGCCGCGGAGUGGGGACGAGUCUCUGCAGCCCAGAUUCUUAUUCUGCUGGAGACUGGAGUGAAGACGGGGUCUGAGGUCCCUGGUGGAGGAAGGAGGCGAGGAGGAGGAGAAGGAGGUUUCCCUUGGCCUCUAAGCUGCGAAACCGGAAAACCAAACCAUGUCACAGGUGAUAGAAUCCCACGUGUUGCGUGUUGGACAGACCGUGUGUAUUUCCUCACCGGAGGAAAGCGAGAGCCUGCGCCCGGUGGGGUACCCGGGCUGCUCCGCGCUGCCGGCCAAGUACGUCUACUACUCCACAGAGACCUGGACUGAUCCCCGCUCCAUGGUGCGCCCCAAGGCUCCCCUGCUCCCCAGCACCAGAGCGUACGGAGCCCAGCCCGUGUCGGAGCACGUGGCUGCUCACACGCAGGGGAAGAACCAGCAGAAUUCCUCCUUGGAGAGAACCCCUGCCCCGUGCCAGCCGAGCGGGGAGGAGAACACCGGCACAGACCACGAGGCUCAGCCCAUGUCUCCCUCCCUGGACAUAACCAUAGAGACCCUCAACCAGAUGAUCCUAGAAAUCGAUCCGACCUUCCAGCCGCUGCCGUGCAGGCCGGUGCAGGACGCAGCCCAGCCUGCUCAGGGCGGCUCUGCGGCCACCGAGAAGCCGGAGCCGGAGGCAGUAGACAUCAAGUACAUAGAGCUGACACCGGGCAGAGCCACGGGGCCCGACCAGCCACGGGGCACCCCCAGCCCUUCGGGCACCCCCUUCUCCAGAUCCCCCCAGGCCAACAGCUUCCUGCCCCAAAAAGGGGCGCUCGGAGGCAAAUACAGCACCAGUGACAGCGUGGUUUUCUCCAGCCCAGCCGGACCCUCCAGCCCGCAGUCGGCCGCCCUGAGCUGCAGCACCAGCACGCCCUGGCAGUGCCUGGCAGGACACACGGACACAGUCUCCUACAGCCCCGGGGCCCUCAGCACCUCCCCAGGUGUUGACAAUCUGCUGAAGCCCUUGCAGGUGUUGAGGGCCCGGCAGAGGGGCAGUUGGGUGUCCCAGCUCUCCACGAGCCCUGGCUCUGACACCAGCUACAUCCUGGGCAGCAGCACCCACUCGCUCCACAAGGAGGACUCGGAUGCUUCGGCCGCUGCCUCCCCGUCCCCCGUCAGCUCCCUGGGAAGCCCCUGCUCUCCUUCCUCUGCCAUCGUGUCUCACUCCAGGGAGGCUUUUGGCCAGAGCCCCGCACAGCCCCGGGCAGGCAGCUCCCCCAGCACCGGCACCUCCCUGGGCCAGAAGGGCCAGGCCAGCAGCUGCCCCCCCUCCAUCCUCACCUCUGCUGCCGACAUCCCGGUGCUGCUGGUGAACGGGUGCCUGGAACAAGGGGAUGGACCCCCUCGGCUGGCCAAAGCCCCCCCCAGCUGUGGCACACAGCCCCCCGUGCCCGGCUGCAGCCCAGCCUCGAGGCUCGGUGGCCUGAACAACGCGCUGUCAGCACCAGCACUCAGCUGCCUCUCGGACAGUCCCCUGAAGGCAGGGCAGCCCACCAUGAAGUUUGUGAUGGACACUUCAAAAUACUGGUUCAAGCCAAGCAUCAGCAGGGACCGAGCAAUCCAGCUGCUGAGGGACAAGGAGCCGGGCACGUUCCUCGUGCGGGACAGCACCUCAUUCCGGGGCUCCUUUGGACUGGCCAUGAAGGUUCCUGCCUCUCCCUCCGACAGCCAGACAGGCAAGGAGAGCAGUGACCUCGUCCGGCACUUCCUCAUCGAGUCCUCCACCAAAGGGGUUCACCUGAAAGGUGCCAGCGAGGAGCUGUACUUUGGGAGCCUCUCUGCCUUUGUCUACCAGCACUCCAUCACCCCGCUGGCGCUGCCCUGCAAGCUCAGCAUCCCCACCCGAGAUCUCGCUGAUGGAGAGGACAGCCCCGACUGCGCCCCCGAAUCUGCGCCGUCCCUGGCCAGGAAAACUGCAGUGUGCAACGUCCUGUACCUCAAUUCUGUGAACGUGGAGACGCUGACAGGAGCCCCAGCCAUCCUGAAAGCCAUCUCCUGCACCUUGGAGCUGGAGACACUGCCCACACCCACCCUGGUGCACUUCAGGGUGGCGGAGCAGGGCGUCACGCUGACCGAUGUGCAGAGGAAGGUGUUUUUCAGGCGACACUACCCCUUGGCUACCAUCAGGUUCUGUGGGAUGGACCCUGAGAACAGAAAGUGGCAGAAGUACUGCAAAUCCUCCAGAAUCUUCGGGUUCGUGGCCAAAAACCAGGCAGACUCGGAGAACCUGUGUCACCUGUUUGCAGAGUACGACACCGUGCAGCCAGUGUCCCUUGUCAUCGACCUGCUCCGCCAGCUCCUGCCCAGCCUGUAGGGACAGAACCCUGGGACGCUCAGGGCCAGCAGCUGCCCACACUCUGCUGAGCUUCUCCUGCUCCCCUUCUGCUUCUGGGUUGCAUUUUGGCAACAGCAUGUAUUUAGACUUUUUUGUUACGCACCGUCACGUCAGGAGUCUCAGCUAAAGACUUUCAGCUCUGCUGGGAUGAGAUGCUCCUCCAGCCUCUCCGUGGGGCACUGGCUGCCCUGGGGAAGGGGCAAGAGCUGCCCAGGAGGGACGGGAGCUGUGCUCUCUCUGGAACCACUGUCCCCCAGCUGGACCACAGUGGGGUUUCUACCAGCCAUGAGGUUCUCUGUUCUUGGGGUGUCUGGGCUGAGGGAGGUCAAGGAGCUUGGCUGAGCUCCCAUCACUGGGGACCCAGCCCUGACGCCCCAGUGCUGCGGGAGGGAAAGUCUGGGGAAGGAAUCACCCCCCUGAGCAGCACAAAGAGGCAGCUUUGCAAAUCAAAGUGUAUAAAAUGACUAAGUCCUGCUGGAAACCUGCUCCCCUCAAGGAGCAUCCACAGGCAGGAAUGACAGAGCAGUGCAUUUUUCCUGAUGCUGGGAAAUUCUCCUGCCCUUUUACGCAGCGCAGGGUUGCGGGCGGGCUCGACCUCCCAGCAUUGCAGAGAGCUGGGAAAUAAAUGGUGACAUUUCCAUGACAGUGAAACAUUGGGUUUUUGGAAAUGACUUGCCUGAAUUUGGGCCGGAUUCUCAGAUGACGUAAAUUGGCAGGGCCUUGAGGAAGACGGUGCUGCCGUGAUCUGCAGCAGCUCAAGGGUCAGCUCAUGCUGCAGCUCAGAGCAGAACGUGGCUCUGAGGACACCACGCUCUUCUCUACCUUAGUUCUCAUUUGAUGCCUCUGUGUUGGUUUAAUUUUGGCCCCCAUGCUAACGAGGCCUCUCAGGGGUAUUUUCAGUAAAGCAGUAGAACAUUUAUCCUGCCACAGGCACCACAGGGAUGGCAGCAACAGAGACACUCGCUCUGCUCCAGAGCAGCUGAACAGAUGCACCCAUGGCAGAGCCCUUCUUCUGCAGCCAGGCUGUGGAGAGGCUCCAGCUGCGGCCACUCUUGGCAAUGACCAAAACAGAUAUUGGGGUCAUCAUGGGGGGCACAUGGGGCUCUGAGAGGACACAGGAGCAGCUUUGUCCCUCUGGUCCCUCUGCCCUGUGCUCUGCUCAGUGAUCCCAGCACUGCAGGGUGAGCUCAGGAGCUGGUGCCCAGGGGAUCCAGGAGCCUCUGCUGUCCCCAUCGUGCUGCAGGGACCAGGGGGCUGCAGCUCCCCAAGGUCACAGGCAGCUCAGGCUGUGGGACCUCAACCCUGAGACCCUGGGGCAGGCCCGGGACCCCCAGAGCUGGACUCUGUUGUGGUUAUUGUGUUGCUGGUCAAGAUCAGCAACUGGGGGUGGGGACGGGCAAAGGCUUUGGCUCCACACGGUGCUUUGGGGGGGUUGUGCUGCCUGCCCCAAUGCCAGCCAGCCCUGGUAGCCACCAGCACAGGGCCAGGACACAGGG